ACCGCACUCACAGCACUUCCGUCUUGUUAAAUAGAGCUGGCAUGAGAUAUGUCAAGAUUCUUAGGUAGCUUGAUCAUAUUUCUGUCUCUAUUCUUCACCGUCUUGGCGAAAAUCCAGUUACUUGCUCAAAACUUCAAACUUGCCGACGGCUCAGUCAGAAACGUGAAGUUGAUUUGGACAUCGGACACCAAGGCAGAGGUGUUUCGUGUCUAUCGCAAGUCGCUCAACUCGGACUUCACGAUCCUUGCCACGGGAAGUUUCAGGAGUUAUGACGAUUACGAGGUACCUGAGGGCCCACACGUUUAUCAAGUCUGGAGCCUUGGUGAUCCUGUCGAGGGCUCGAAUCUUCUAACCAAAAACCCACCGCAAGCUGAAAACUUGCAAGGCUUUAGCACGUAUGACAACAUCAAGUCUGACAAACUGGAUCUGCGUUCCAAAAUCUAUCUGGAUGGUGUAUACUACGAUUAUCACAUGGGAUGGGACAAUAAUGGAACGACUGGAGUCAAAGAACUUAUCUCGGUCGAUGGCUUCACCUUUACAGAGCACAGAACCGUUUUGACUAGGAAGGACAUUUGCACCAACGAUAAAUCGGGCUUUUGCAAGUUAGAAUCCGUUUCGUUUUCUCAACAUCCAACGACCAAGGAGGUAGUGAUGUGGGCACAUUGGGAAGAAAAGGACGGGUAUAAAAAAGGUUAUGUUGCCGUCGCCUACGGCAAACCUGGCCAAGAACGCUGGAAAUUUGGCGGAUCCUUCAGACCGCUGAACCAUGACUCGCGCGAUCUUAACUUCUUCGCCGAUGACGACCACUCGGGCUAUGUGAUUUCCUCGACCAACACCAACCGAGACAUGAACAUUUACCGGCUCACCCCAGACUGGCACCACAUCAAGGAGCUAGUCGUCACCGUUCUGAAGGGACAGGCACGCGAGGCACCGGCGAUGAUCCACUAUGGCGGGAUGUAUUAUCUGUUCACCUCGAUAGCCACCGGGUGGUAUCCGUCCACAGGCAAGUACAUCUCUGCCCCAAAAAUCUCCGGCCCCUGGAGCGAGAACCGGGUCAUGGGCAACCUCGGCGGGUUCUCAGCCCAAUCCGGCGACAUUAUCAAGAUCGGUCCCACCUAUGUCAUGCGCGCUAAUAAAUGGAGGAUCCCGGAUAUAGACCCGCCUGGGACUCCGCUUCGUCAAGUCAUCCUGCCCAUCAGCUUGUCAAACGGGACUGCUACUUACGCCUUCUAUCCAAAGGUGCUCUACCGGGACACUGGGGACCUAGUCGGCGUUUAUGGGCUUCAAAAUGGAAGGAUAGUUUCGAUUGGAAGACCAGUUACCUCUACUGGCGCCGAUAAAGACCACCCUGAAUACUUAGCUACUAGUGGAGUCAACACAAAGGCGCAAAGAUUUUACAAGCCGACGGCCGUGCCAUUCAUCCAUGCGAUCGACCUUGGGGCGGUGUACGAGAUAAGCCACAUCGAGCUGACCACAUCCCUAGUUCCGGGCAGCGAGUCCGCGGCCCAGUUCAUCAUCGAGGGCAGUCUUCAAGUCACAGGCCCCUUCACGCCCUUUCUCGACCAAUCUAACAAUACCCGCGUCGGCUUUGUCUCUGCACCCGUGCUCAACAACUUUAACUGCCGAUAUGUCGCCCUUAGGGUUCACAAAAUCACCAAUAUGCAUAACAAACACCCUGCUACACCUGGUAUCCAUGAGUUUACCGUUUUUGGAAAGGCCCCUUCGAAUCCCACCCUUGCUUCGCAAGCAGGUGAAUCUCAAAAUAAUGGAUUCACUUGA